AAAUGCGCUAUGACGUUAUUUGUAAUUGUGCCCAAAAGUCCUUAAUGAAUAACUUUGCCAGAGGAGAAAGCAAAUGUUCCCCCAGCUGUUUCCUGUCGAAAAUGUCUGUGUAAUGUAGAUAAAUGUGAGGAUUUUCUCUAAAUCCCUCUUCUGUUUGCUAAAUCUCGCUUCCCUCUACAAAAACCAGAGUAGAAGAGGCUGCGCAAUGCAAGUCUGAAUAUUGAAAUGUGACAUUGCUCGCCACAUCUCAUCCUAUUUCGCUGUGGAUUUUUUUUUUUUUUUAAUGACUUCAAACACAUUUAUUGUGCUGCUCUUUGUAGUUUAGGGAUCCAUGGGGAUGUCCAGCAGGCAUUCAGUCUUCCAUCAGUGGCACUUGUGUGAUGUCUUCAAGUUUAAGAUGUGCUCUUUGUCCUGUACCCAUGUACUCUACUUGCUCCUGUGUGUUCUGUGCCUGACUCAGGCUGCUGCAGCCGGCUCGGAGACUCUGUGCGGAGCUGAGCUUGUGGACACUCUUCAGUUUGUGUGUGGGGAGAGAGGCUUCUAUUUCAACAAACCAACAGGCUAUGGGGCCAGCACGAGGCGGCCACACCACAGGGGCAUCGUGAACGAGUGCUGCUUCCAGAGCUGUGACCUGAGGCGACUGGAGAUGUACUGUGCGCCUGUUAAGCCAGCCAAAUCCUCACGCUCUGUACGUGCCCAGCGCCAUACCGAUAUGCCGAAAGCUCAAAAGAAACAUAUAUCUGGUAAUAGCCAGCCAUCUUGCAAGGAGGUACAUUCGAAGAAUUCCAGCCGCGGGAACACAGGCAACAGGAACUACCGGAUGUAGAAGAGCAAAAUCCAGAGUAAAAUUAAAUAUAAUAAUAAUAAUAAAAAUAAUAACAAUUAAAAGAGGGGAAUGUGCCAUUGCAGAAUGGUUCACUGUAUUGUUCAUGCAAACUGGUGAAACGUAAUAUAAAUGAGCUCAGUAGUGGAAAUGCAGGUGGAGGGCUUUCUGCUGUUUAACAGUGCAAUGUGUUAUUGGUAGGAAAAUCACUUUACUAAAAAUGUACUGAACCAAUAUAGCCACGAAGAUCUGGGCAGUGACGCGUGACCCCAUUUCUGUGCACUAGCCUUUUCAAAGCAGCUUCUCAGUGUCCUGGAGUUCAUGUGGCUCUGCUUGUGCAGACCUUGAGCAAAGGAGAUUGGCACCAGAGUAGCAGCAAUGCUGGAACAAUGGAUAAAUGGACUUGAGGACAAAGAGGUUCAAAUACAGCAGUGGACUUUAAGAUUUUUUAUUUGAAACACAUAUUCACAACCCCUCCUUCAGGAAAACAAAAAAUAAUUACAGUGUGACAUGAAACAUAUCAAUUCUGUAUUGUCGUUAUGGUAGGGUACAGCGAGAGCUCUAGUUAUACAAUCUCAACUCAUUUAGCCAAAGAAGAAACACUUGUUAGCAGUGUAUCCAUUUUACCUUAAAUGAUUUAGGUUCUUUCUUUUGUUGUUUGAAAAAACUAUUUUACCAAUUUCGGUGGGAUUUCCAAAUUAAUGAUUAAGACGUAAGCAUGUACGUGCUUCAAAGUGAAUUUGCACCCAACAAGUUUAGACAAACGUUUUGACGAUAAGUCUUUAUAGUGCUCUGUGCCUGACUAAUCAGUGCCAUUCCCCCUACACUUUCAUGGAAGAUAAAUUCACAACCACCAAUUGAAGUUAAUCUUAAUCUGGAAUUGGCACCCAAAAUGCAGCAGGCUUGUACAUGAGUAAUGUUUAAACUGUAACGUGAUUAAUGAUUAAUAAGACCUGGAUUGUAUUUUGUCUUUUUUUUUUAUCAGUUUCAAUAAGAACCUUGGCAUCUGUUCCAAUGACUUUGGGCACACAUAUCCUGAAAAGGCAGGUGUGAUGCAUGUGUCUGAGACCAUACAUUGAGCCUCAUUUACGAAAGGGUGCUACACUUUAUGGUGCACGAUAAUUGCAAUUACUGUGCACAUUAAUGAUUUCCGUAUUUACUAUUGCAAUUGUAUUCAUUAUCGCGCAAAAUACUGGGCAUAUUAUAGUGCACACUAAUUUUAUUGUGCUAUACUAUGAUAAUCAGAGUGAAUAUGUGAUUUGUAUGGUAAUGGAUGAUAAUGUAUUUAAAUGAGGCACCCCGCGCUGAAUAAUGAGAUGAGCUUCAUUCACACCAUAUUUACUAAAGGGCAAUAAUUAUAUAGGAGGCUGUGUGGUCCAGUGGUUAAAGAAACAGGCUUUUAACCAGGAGGUCCCCAGUUCAAAUCCCACCUCAACCACUGACUCAUUUUGUGACCCUGAGCAAGUCACUUAACCUCCUUGUGCUCCGUCUUUCGGGUGAGACAUAUUUGUAAGUGACUCUGCAGCUGGUGUAUAGUUCACACACCCUAGUCUCUGUAAGUCGCCUUGGAUAAAGGUGUCUGCUAAAUAAACAAAUAAUAAUAAUUAUAUUGUGCACAUUAAAGUGAGCAAUAAUUAGUUUGUUUGGAAACCAGGCUUUAACCACUGAUAGGCACGCUAUUUAAACCCCUUUUUUCUGGCCUGAAAACUAGUGAUGUGCAAUUCGAUUCUUUUUACUGACUCAAUUCGUUGAUUAAUUCAUUUUAGUGAAUCAAUUCAAGAGAUUUGUUCGUUUGAUUCAGUAACACAAAAUAAAUACAUCUUGCUGAAUUACUUGGUUAUGAACAUUUGUUUCAACAGAAAAAUCUGGCAGCAAGGGCCAUUUAAGUUAAGACU